AUGGAAAUUUACAGUUCCCCGCUUGUGGAUGGGUUAAUUAUACUGCCCGGAAGUAUUAUUCCUUGUAAUGUAAAAGUUUCUACAGGUAGAGGAACGAAAAUGAAAAACCCAAGAUUCCGGCCUCCAAAUGAUCCCAACAAGAAGCUCAGUAGAAUUAGAUAUUCUUCUAACUUAACCGCUCUUUUGGAGGAUGCUGGUAUAGAAACUGUUAAUAAAGGGGUCAACACAGCUGGGACGGAUGUUGGCGGGAUUGUAAAUUUCAGUACAGAAAGGCUGCUGAAAUGGUACUCGGUAAGGUUUCGCGAUUGUGCGGAGAAAACGUGUCUGAAUGAAGGAAAAGCAAUUCAUGGGAAGUUGAUAAAAACUGGGAUUAACCCAGAUACUCAUUUAUUUGUUUCAUUGAUUAAUUUCUAUGCAAAAUGCGGAGCUUUGAAUUUUGCGCGCAAGGCAUUUGAUGAGAUGCCUGAGAGGGAUGUUGUGUCAUGGACUGCAUUGAUUUCUGGGUUCGUAGCUGAAGGUCUUGGUAGUGAAAGUGUUGAGUUAUUCUGUGAAAUGAGGAGGGAAGGGAUAAGGCACAAUGAGUUUACGCUGGCCACAAUUUUGAAGGGCUGUUCCAUCGCUUCUGAUUUCGAAUUCGCAAAACAAUUGCACGCUGACGUGGUUAAAGGAGGGGACUUUGAGGAUGUGUAUGUUGGUUCUGCUCUAAUUGACCUUUACACUAAAUGCGGUGAAUUGGAAUAUGCUGAAAAUGUGUUGUCUGUCAUGCCAGAGCAAAACUCAGUAUCUUGGAAUGCACUCCUCAAUGGCUAUGCACAAAUGGGUGAUGGAGAUAAAGUCCUGAGUUUGUUCUGUGAGAUGAUGAAGUCAGAAGUGCGGUUUACUAAUUACACCAUUUCUACUGUUCUUAAAGGAUGUGCAAGUUCCCAGAUUCUGAGAGCUGGUCAGGUUGUUCAUUCAAUGGCAAUCAAGCUUGGGGGCGAGGUUGAUGAUUUUGUUUGUUGCGGUUUAGUUGAUAUGUAUUCCAAAUGUCAGAUGGUGAAUGAUGCACUCCAUAUUUUUUGGAGGAUCAAGAAUCCUGACCCUGCGACUUGGUGUACAAUGAUCAAUGGCCUUGAUCAGCAAGGACAGAAAGUAGAAGCCUUGGAUUUGUUUCAGUUGAUGAUGCGUUCGGGUUUGAGGCCUAACCAAUUCUUGCUAUCUGCUAUUCUUGACACAGCCGCUGACUUGGGUAAUCUGGAGUUUUGUAGAAGCAUUCAUGCUUGCAUUUGCAAAUAUUGUUUUGAUUCUGAUACGUUGGUCAGCAAUGCCCUGAUUUCAAUGUACAUGAAACUUGGAUUAGUGUUUGAAGGUUCCCAGGUGUUUUCUGAUAUGAGUCAAAGGGAUGUGGUUUCAUGGAAUGCACUUUUAUCUGGAUUCCAUGGCAAUGAAAGUUCUGAUGAAGCACAAAUGAUUUUCAAGAGUAUUCUUGUGAAAAAUAUAAAACCAAACAAGUUUACAUUUAUAAGCAUUCUGAGGAACUGUGCUAGCCAGUCAAAUGCUAGCUUUGGGAAGCAAGUGCAUGCUCAUGUUCUAAAAAAUGGCAUUGAUAUUUGA